AUUCUAACCCGGAUUCAUCACAAGAAUCUUGUGAAUAUGAUUGGUUACUGCAAGGAUGGGGAAUAUAUGGCUCUUGUGUGUGAGCACAUGUCACAAGGAACCCUGCAAGAACACAUUGCUGGAAGCAAUCAAAGUUUACCUUGGAGGCAGAGGCUUCGAAUCGCACUUGAAUCUGCACACGGGUUGGAGUAUCUGCACAAGGGGUGCAACCCGCCUAUUAUCCAUAGGGAUGUCAAGGCCACCAACAUCUUGUUGAAUGCUAGAAUGGAGGCCAAGGUCGCAGAUUUCGGCAUGUCCAAGGCCUUCGAUCACCACAAUGGAAAUUACAUUUCAACAAAUACAAUUGUUGGUACACCCGGAUAUGUUGAUCCAGAAUACCAGGCGACAGCGAAACCCACGACCAAGAGCGAUGUAUACAGUUUUGGUGUGGUAUUGCUAGAGCUGGUCACUGGAAAGCCGGCCAUCCUCUCAGAUCCGGAGCCCAUGAACAUUAUCCAUUGGGUCCAACAGCGUCUAGCGAGAGGCAACAUAAAGGGUGUGGUGGACGCACGAAUGCAUGGCAGUUACAAUGUCAAUGGCGUUUGGAAGGUGGCGGAGAUUGCACUCAAAUGCACUGCCCAGACAUCAACGCAGCGGCCCACCAUGGCCGACGUUGUUGCGCAACUACAGGAGUGUGUGGAGCUCGAGGAGGAGCGCACCCAUGACUUUGACAAUGGUGGCAGCAAGAAUGAUUACUCGAGCUGGAAUUAUAAUGCUUAUGCCAGUGGGCAAUCCACUGAUGUGAGCAAGAAGGCUGGAUUUGGGACGGAACUGAGGAUGCCAACGGUGGGUCUCGGUCUAGCUCCUACUACACGUUGAAAGGCGAUCUUCAUCUAAAACCAUUUAUAUAAUUCUUAUUUUCUUGAAGUCGUUGUGAGAUCGCUAAUAAUGUUGCACAUUAAGUGCAAGUGGAUAAUUUUCAGAUAAGUUGUGUGCAAUUUGUAUUUUUUUAAAGUAAGGCAUCAGAGUCCAUGUAUUUGUAUAAGU